GCGGAUGAAUAGACUCGAUGGAUUCGUUGACACGCUGAAUCAACAGAAUGAUGAGAAAAUAAUAUGAUUCUUGCUGGAGUGGAGGCGCCGACAGUCUGGUCCAUGGAAACCAAAUCAGGCAUUAAAUUUUGAAUCAUUUUUAGGGGUUCAAGUGGAUUCCCGGAAAAUGCCACAGUUUUUCAGACAAAUCGAAACCAGCUGGGCGUAUGUGUAAUGCAAAGUCACACCGGGGGAAAAUCCAUAAAUUGUAUUAAAAAGUAUGCCAAGCCAUAAAAGAAAAGCCAUUAAAAAUGCGGAAAGAGCCAAAGAAUUUAUGUCGGAAAUGUAUGUCAAGGAUCUGGACAUUUAUUUCUAUAUUUUUGUGAUUAACUUCUCUGCCUUUGGAUCAUCUAAAAUAUUUGUAUACAUUUAAUUAAGUCAGUUAGCCAAGUUAAGUGUCAAUCAAUUGACUCCGUUUUUGGUUACCAGUUUCAGCCUUUAAUGUCAGCCAAGUAAAGCCUAAGGAAGUGACUCCCUCAGCCUCAAGAUGUACGGACUGCUCUUGGAGAACCUCUCCGAGUACAUAAAGUCUGUUUAUGGCGAGGAGAAAUGGGAGGACAUCCGACGACAGGCUGGCAUAGAUUCGCCCUCCUUCAGCGUCCAUCAGGUCUAUCCCGAGAAUCUGCUACAGAAAUUGGCCAAAAAGGCACAACAGGUACUGGGUGUCUCGGAGCGGGAGUUCAUGGACCAGAUGGGCGUCUACUUCGUGGGCUUCGUGGGUCAAUAUGGCUACGAUCGCGUCCUCUCUGUGCUGGGUCGCCAUAUGCGCGACUUCCUUAAUGGACUGGACAACCUGCAUGAGUACCUGAAGUUCUCGUAUCCACGGAUGAGAGCACCCAGCUUUAUCUGCGAGAACGAGACCAAGCAGGGUCUGACUCUGCACUACCGAUCCAAGCGUCGAGGGUUCGUCUACUAUACGAUGGGACAAAUCCGAGAGGUGGCUCGGUAUUUCUACCACAAAGAGAUGCACAUCGAAUUGGUUAGGGAGGAGAUCCUCUUCGACACGGUCCAUGUCACCUUUCAACUGACCUUUGAUAAUCGGGCAUUUACCCUGGCAUCCUUGGCGAUGACGCGGGAGGAAAAGCACCUGCCCAUCAGCGCCCAUGUGCUGUUUGAGAUCUUUCCUUUCUGCAUGGUAUUUGGAGCUGACAUGGUAGUGCGCAGUAUUGGAAACUCUUUGAUGGUCAUUUUACCAGAACUUUUGGGCAAGAAAAUAACUGCCUGGUUUGAUUUGGUUCGGCCACUGAUUGCUUUUAAAUUCCAAACUAUACUCAAUCGUACCAAUAACAUAUUCGAGCUGGUCACUGUGGACCCAGUUACGGAGAGAUUUGACGUCCAAAAUGAGGAUUUACUUCAGCAUGAAGAUGGCAGUGAACCGGAAAAGUCAUUAAGAUUAAAAGGUCAAAUGGUUUAUAUGGAAAACUGGCGCAUGAUUAUGUUUUUGGGUACUCCGGUUAUGCCAGAUCUCACCUCAUUGAUAACCACUGGCCUAUAUAUCAACGAUCUUUCCAUGCAUGACUUCAGCAGGGAUCUUAUGCUGGCUGGUACUCAGCAAUCCGUGGAACUUAAGUUGGCCCUGGAUCAAGAACAACAGAAGUCCAAGAAGCUUGAAGAGUCCAUGAGAUUGCUGGAUGAAGAGAUGAGAAGAACUGAUGAGCUUCUCUAUCAGAUGAUACCCAAACAAGUGGCUGAUAGGCUAAGACGGGGCGAGAAUCCUAUUGAUACUUGUGAGAUGUUUGAUAGUGUCUCCAUUCUGUUUUCGGACAUUGUAACCUUCACAGAGAUCUGUAGCCGCAUUACACCAAUGGAAGUGGUAUCCAUGUUAAAUGCCAUGUACUCGAUCUUUGAUAAGUUAACAGAGCGGAACUCAGUGUACAAGGUGGAGACAAUUGGAGAUGCGUACAUGGUAGUGGCGGGGGCCCCAGAUAAGGAUGCCAAUCACGCCGAGAGAGUCUGUGAUAUGGCCUUAGAUAUGGUGGAUGCAAUAACCGAUCUCAAGGAUCCCUCAACGGGCCAGCACUUGAGAAUACGUGUGGGUGUGCACUCUGGUGCCGUGGUGGCUGGCAUUGUAGGUCUCAAGAUGCCCCGCUAUUGCCUCUUUGGGGAUACAGUGAAUACCGCCUCACGAAUGGAGUCCACCAGCAUAGCCAUGAAAGUACACAUUUCGGAGUCAACAAAGGUUCUUAUCGGACCCAAUUACAAAAUCCUCGAGCGAGGGGAGAUUGAUGUAAAAGGCAAAGGAACUAUGGGCACAUAUUGGCUAGAGGAGCGCGAGAACAGGUUGCCACUCCAAUUGACGGCUGCUAUUCAGGUUCAACCUAUUUCUCCUGUACCGUCGACGCCCACACCGAAGGCUAAGGCUAUAAUGCCACCCGUAUCCAAGCCAUUGACUCCAUUGGCUCCCGUUUCUGUUACGGUGGUUUCUAUGCCAGUCGCUCCUGUUCCUUCAGUGGAUGUGGUGGCGCCUUCAUCUAGCAUGUCUGGUAUGGUGAUUACAGCAGCUGCAGCUGCUCACAUGACUCUUCACCAUCAAGCGGUGGUGGCGGAAGGAUUAACUGGAAGUACAGGAGUUGCUGGUUCUACAGCAGUAGGAGAUAUAGGAACUUCCUUAUCCGGAGGAGGAGUUUUAGGAGCAACAGGAAACGAAGUGGCAGGUGUACCACCAGAUGACCGCAACAGUCGUAUCUACUCACCCGUAACCUUUAAGGACGUGGCUAGACGCAGUGCAGCCAAUUCCCCAGUGAGGGGCAGUGCAGGUUACUCCUAUCCGGACCAGGAAAAACGCCGCGAGUCUCGUUCCAAUUCCACUGGCCAUGUGUUUAUGCGUACUCCAUCGGAUAUAUUUGGAUCUCUAAUUCUGGACACUGAGGAGUUUCUCGAGGAUCUGCAAAUCUCUCGCAGCUCCCUGGCUAACAACAACAACAAUAAUGCGCCAGAUUGUGGAUUUAGUCCAACACCUCCAUUCCGGAUCGGCAGUGCACCACCAAAACCAAGACCCAGUAACCCGGAUAAGUUUACGCCCGAGGAACUCGCCGCCAUGGAUCAGCUAACGCCUCCGUCAACAGCUCCGGCCAGGGAAACGGCAUCUUGCAGCAGUGCAUCCAUGGAUCGCGACAAGGCCGCCAAACUCAAGAAAAUUACCUUUUCCAACAGCAGCAGCCUUGAUGCAACUACACCGACCGCUGUGGCUACCAUGGUCUGUCCAAUGCGUUCCAAGUCGCCACCAAUGCCACAGAAGCCGUUGGUACAGGUGGUACAAGCUAGUACCAGCAAACCAGACACCAACCGACCAGGAUCAAAGGAUUCAGUCUCAUCCAUUUCCCUGCACUCACCGCCUCCACAUCGAUCGAACUCGGCCCCAGCCAGACCCCAUUCAAUGUCAAAGGCGGCACGAAAGGCCUUCCUGGCCGCCAAGCAGACCAAGGCCAUGGAGAAGCUGGACAAGAUGAUCGAAGAGGUACACGAAGUGGAGUCCCAAUCGGCAACAAAGGCAGCCAACAUGCGGCUGGCUCUCUUCGGCCAUGACGGAGGUGGUGGGGGCGAUUUAGCCGCCGGUGGUUGUCCACUCUUCCUGCCACCACCGCCACAGCAGCAACAACGCCUGAUGCCCAGCUCCAUCUCAGAUUCCGGUCUGUGCAGUCAUGGUCACAGCCAUGCUCCGAGCUGCCAUCACCUAGAGCCGAAGAUGAGCAACAGCCAGAGUUUCCAGCAUUCUCCACGUGGCGGAAUAUCACAUCAGUGCUGCAGUGGCUUUGGACACGGAAAUGGACGUCACUCGCACCGAAUGCACUCAAACGCCUGUCGGAUAUUGUAAAGAACUAAGAAGGCAGCACCAGCACACCUUUACCCAAAAUCCAAGUCCAUAUCAUGUAUACUCUUAUACUCUGAUUCUGCUCAAUGUUCCUGCGUGCUUUUCGGUGUAGCUACGAUAAAUAGUCAGCAAUUAUUAGGGCUUAGUUAGAUGUUGAAUCUCAUAGUGUAUAGAAUAGAAUAGUAGAUAAAGAAUGUACCUACAUGUUAUGUAUAACCAGACUAUAUAGCUGGUCAAGCAGGGCUUUAAAAUUUGGCAAGUCAGUGUCUAAAUAUGUUAAGAAUCUGUAAAAACUGUUAACACUCUAUUAUAAUCGAAAGAUUUCAAUUUCUUGACCUCUAAAUAUGACAAUACCAACAGGAAAUCAAACUACAAAAGGGAAGACAUUUUCCGUACAUUUUCAUGAAACCACCUGAGGCAGAGUUUGCUCACAAAAUAAGCUAAUCUAAUUAUACAUAAAUGUAUCAUAAAAUCUCUAUAUAUUUGUAGUAGCUAAAUGGUUAAGUAGAUUAUAUGUCAACACGAAUACCAAAUAAAUGUUUCCAAAAGGAAUUCUGAGUUACGAAUUUUCUAAAUGUUUUAAAUCAAAUAACCAUCACAGGAAAAAGCUACACAAUAUAGCAAAAGAUUUAAAAGAGAUUUUGUUAAUAAAUUUCUGCUUUAGACUUUCUUAUUACAUCCUUUAUUAAGAGAUCUUAGGUUGACAGUUUAAAAACUAUAAAUCAUCAAGAUUUAUACAUUUUUUGUAUUGUUUUCAAAAUAAAUGCUUUCACUUUGUUUUCUCUUUUAACUAAAUGCAGAUACGACUGUGAGAAAUGAGACAUAGGCUUAGAUAUACAAAUUAUGGCAAAUUAAACUAGCAAAAUAGUGUGAACACAAUGAACUUAAAUGCAAAUAUUGUGCUACUUAAAAUAUCUUUAAGUUGUAAUCUUUCUAAUACUUCAUCUUUGGUUAUAUUUAACUUUCUUUACAUUGCACUAUUGGCAUAUCACAUCAGAACUUAUAAUGGCAAGCAUACAACUCAAACAAAAAUUUUACGAAUGAUACAAGUUAAAUGUACCUUAAUAAAUGUAUAUAUAUACACUUAAA